GGGGAGUGUUCAACCCUUAAAAAUGCCCACAUUCUCAGAAACAAUUUGUACUCCGGAGCCGUGUGUAUGAAUCACGUCCCCCGUGCCCAGCAAAACAUUUGUGUGGGAGUGGCAGAAUCAUGCAAAAUGAACACACAAACUGUCUUAAUGGCAUAAGUAAUAAAUUAUUCCUUCAGCAGCUUUCCUCGCCCUUCCCCAAAGCAAUUGCAUUUUUCACAGUUUUACACUCUCCACAUUUACACAGCAUGUUGUUUUAUUGAUACAAUAGAGUACAGUUUUUUUUUUUUUUAAGGGUGAAACAGAAGAUUUCAACCGGAAUUCAACUAGGAUUUCACCCAACAAUCAACAGGUUUUCAAAUUAUUUUGCUUUUCCGCAAGAGAUUCUGCUUAACCGCAGCCUCUCAUGCACAGGACAGGAUAACGCUGGAAUAAGCGUGCUGCACGAGGAUGUGUCGUCCAUCGCUGUCAUGGCCCCGACCCCAUCCGGCACACAAUUACAUCUUGUUACAUGGCUCAUCUAUGGUCCCGUGGAUGCUUUAUUGAUCUUGUUACACCAGCUUUGAGACCUUGCUCAUGAUUGGCAUAGCAAUGUUCCUCGGAUUGUAUAAAAACUGAAUGGGGUCAAUACCGUGAAUCGGUCAAAGCUGCUCCCAAGAACGGGAAAACAUCCAUAAAUCACCGCAACUGUGCACUGUAGUGACAGAGUAAUCAAACCCACGCUGACAUAUUCCUGAGCGUGGAAACUGGAGUCCAGUGUGAAUUUACCACGUGUGGAAGCAAACCUUUGUCUAACACCGGGAAAACACAGAAGAGCACUGGAAACAAGGACACACCGUAUACUUCUGGGUGCUUUCUCGUAUAUGUUGUUGGUGUUUUGCAUUCCGCUGCUCGCACGCGUUUCAAGGUCAAUGAGUCGUUUCGUGGAGUCGACGGUCUUUAAUCAGCAUUAGAACCCUGGCAGGAGGAUGGGAGACUUGCAGGCCAAUUACACAUCGUGCAGGGAUGGAGAAUUUUGCGUCGCUCGGCUCUCAGAAUGUAUUUAAUAACUGAAACACAUCACUUUUGGCUGAAAAGCAGAGAUGCAGCAGACGCGGUCUGCUCGAAAUUCAAUGAUAACGGACGGCGGGGAAGCCGCUCCUAAUCCCCUGGCUGCUGCUUUACUACUACUGCUUUAUUAAGGGGCGUGAACUGGUGACCAAAAGGUCAAGGUUCAGAUCCCACAUAGGCAGCUUGGGUUGUACCUUUGGAAUGAAGACUCAAUGCAAAUUGCUUUAGUCAACACCCAUGUGUGCGCAAGAGAAUAUUUAAGGUAUUUAAUGUGCUGGGUAACCCCGAUCCCUGAAAGGACAUCAUUUUUAGUAGAGCAGCUGUGCCUUUUGUACGUACCUCAGCGACGGACUCAACUUCCAGAAGAACAAAUCCCACCGCAAAGACAGACCCCAGCGGCAGUUCCGACCGCCCCAAGGAUAAACUGCGCUACAGACUCCGCUGCCUCAAGAAGAAACUCCUCGUCAGAAUCGUUGACAGACCCCGGCUACAGGUUUCUCGAGGAGGUCUGGAAGUUUCCUGCGAAGGGAAGCACGAGCACCAGGACCUGGGAACCUGACCAAAAGAGAAGGAGAGCGAAAGACGGUCAAGGGCAAAGCGAAGGGAAUCUUUACGUGGGGAGGGACGGACCACGUUGACUGAGCGAGCUGAAAAGGAAGAGAGAAAGAGAGGGGAGGGGGGAGGGAGAGGGAGAGAGAGAGAGAAAGAGGGAGCGAGAGAGGCAGGGAGGGCGAGUUGCAGGAUAAAUCCUUACAACAUAAUGAUCGGAGCUCACAAGCCUCUUCUAUGACACGGCGUGGGUAGGAGUCGGGAUUACAACUAGACAGCGAACGGAGGCCAAGCAGACGCGGCCAGAAGGACCGAAUCGGGAGUCCGUGCAACAACCUGCGAGGACACAGAUUAGCAACUGGUCUGCUGUCCUCCGCCGCCUGGACCAUCUGUGCAGGAGCACUACCGCAUCGCGCCACGGUGCAUCGUGUCGCGUCCCCGGCCUCCGGACCUUGCGCGGGGGGCUGGGUUCAUGGAGGGCUGCGAGCGGCACUCGACCCGAGCCGGAGCCGCGGGACGCGGGACGCCGAAGGAGAACUUUGCCCUGCAGGGCUUCCCCGAUACGAAGCUGCCCCAUGGAAUAUAGUGAACUCUUUCGCUGUCAGAGCCGGACGGCGAGGCAGUAGGCGGCUGAGAUGGGCGUUCCUCCAGGUCGACUGAGCGCCUGUCUUUGGCCGCUGUCACUGCCGCUGUUGCUAUUCUACGCCGUCCCUUGCUGCCUGGGCCGUCCGUUCGGCCCACCCGUCCCGCCGGUCAACGUGGCGGUGGUGUUCAGCGGCUCCUCCUACCAGAUGGAGAUCAAAGGGAGGCUGAGCCGGGAAAACUUCCUGGACCUGCCGCUGGAGGUCAACCCCAUCACCGUGCUGGUGAACGACACCAACCCGCGCGCCCUGCUCACGCGCAUCUGCGAUGCCUUGGCAGCCAACCGCGUUCAGGGCGUGGUCUUCGAGGACAACGUGGGCUCCGAGGCCGUGGCCCAGAUCCUGGAUUUCAUCUCGACGCAGACGGCCGUGCCCAUCGUGGGCAUCAGCGGGGGUUCGGCGGUCGUGCUGCCCUACAAGGGUGACGGCUCCAGAUUCCUUCAGCUGGGAUCAUCCAUUGAGCAGCAGAUCAACUGCAUGUUCAAGGUGAUGGAGGAGUACAAUUGGGACAGCUUUGUGGUGAUCACCAGCCUCUACCCUGGGUACGAGGACUUUGUGGAGUACAUCCACUCCUUCACAGACACCAGCUACUUCCUAUGGGACCUGCAGGACGUGCUGACCUUUGACAUGGCGGAGGGGGCCAGUGACAUUCGGGCGCGUCGGCUGCUGCAGCAGAUCGAUGCUCAGGUGCUACUGGUGUACUGCUCGCACGAGGAGGCGAGCUACCUGUUCCGACUGGCGGACGAGGCAGGCCUGCUGGGCCCGGGAUUCAUCUGGAUCGCACCCAGCCUGGUGGUGGGCAACCCGGACGCACCGCCACCAAACAGUUUCCCAGUGGGCCUCAUCAGCGUCAUCACUGACCGCUGGCGCACCAGCCUGAGGAAGCGGGUGCGAGAUGGAGUGGCCAUUGUGGUCAAAGGCGUUCUGAACUUCCGCAGGCACCAGGGACUCCUCCCAGAGAGCCACAGCGACUGCCACAACCCCGUCAAGCCUCCCCGGAACAGCUCUCUCUACAACUACAUGUUGAAUGUGACAUGGGAGGACAAGGACUUCUCCUUCAACAGUGAGGGGUACUUGGUCAACCCCUCCAUGGUGGUCAUCACCUUGGAUCGAGAGCGACAGUGGGACAAGGUUGGCAACUAUGAGACGGGGAUCCUGCAGAUGCGCUACCCAGUGUGGCCACGUUACGGCCGUUACCUGGAGCCCGUGUCGGACAACCGGCAUUUGACUGUGGCAACCCUAGAGGAGCGGCCUUUUGUCAUUGUGGAGAGCGUGGACCCUGUCACGGGCACCUGUGUCAGCAACACCGUGCCUUGUCGGCGUCAGUCCAACAAGAGCGAACCCAUCAUCGGCCACACGGAGCCCUACACGAAGCUUUGCUGCAAGGGCUUCUGCAUCGACAUCCUCAAGAAACUCUCGCGCAACAUCAAGUUCUCCUACGACCUCUACCUGGUGACCAACGGCAAGCAUGGCAAGCUGGUCCGGGGAACCUGGAACGGGAUGAUUGGAGAGGUGGUGUACAAGCGGGCAGAUAUGGCCAUCGGCUCCCUCACCAUCAACGAGGAGCGCUCGGAGAUCAUUGACUUCUCCGUGCCAUUCGUGGAGACAGGGAUCAGCGUGAUGGUCGCUCGGAGCAACGGAACAGUGUCGCCGUCUGCCUUUCUUGAACCCUACAGUCCUGCUGUGUGGGUGAUGAUGUUUGUCAUGUGCCUGACCGUGGUGGCCAUCACCGUGUUUGUCUUUGAGUACUUCAGCCCCGUCGGUUACAACCGCAACCUUGUAAGCGCCAAAGACCCUGGUGGUCCAACCUUCACCAUCGGGAAGUCAGUCUGGCUUCUGUGGGGCAUCGUGUUCAACAACUCAGUCCCCAUUGAAAACCCCAAGGGCACCACCAGCAAGAUCAUGGUGUUGGUGUGGGCUUUCUUCGCCGUCAUCUUCCUGGCCAGCUACACUGCCAACCUUGCGGCCUUCAUGAUCCAGGAGCAGUACAUUGACACUGUCUCUGGGCUUAGUGACAAGAAGUUCCAGAAACCACAGGAGCAGUACCCACCCUUCCGAUUCGGGACGGUCCCCAAUGGCAGCACGGAGAGGAACAUCCGUAGCAACUACCCGGAGAUGCAUGCUCACAUGGUCAAAUACAACCAGAAAGGUGUCGAGGAAGCCCUAAACAGCCUCAAAACGGGGAAGCUGGAUGCUUUCAUCUACGAUGCAGCCGUGCUCAACUACAUGGCUGGCAAAGACGAGGGCUGCAAGCUGGUGACCAUUGGCAGCGGCAAGGUGUUCGCCACCACAGGCUAUGGCAUCGCCCUACAGAAGGAGUCCCGCUGGAAGCGCCCCAUCGAUUUGGCCCUGUUGCAGUUCCUGGCUGAUGGUGACACCCAGAAGCUGCAGACGGUGUGGCUAACGGGAAUCUGUCGCAACGAGAAGAAAGAGGUGAUGAGCUCCAAACUGGACAUCGACAACAUGGCAGGGGUCUUUUACAUGCUGCUGGUGGCCAUGGGCCUGAGUCUACUGGUCUUUGCCUGGGAGCACCUGCUCUACUGGAAGCUGCGUCACUCCGUGCGUCGCUCUGACCGCCUGGACUUCCUGCUCGCCAUCAGCAGGGGCAUCUACAGCUGCUUCAAUGGCGUGGAAGACACGGACCGCUCUGGCAGCAUGCAGAGCCCCGAUGUCACCACAGGCUACACCCAGGCCAACAUGCUCAAGAUGCUGCAGACCGCCAAGGACAUCGUGUCCUCUGCGCGGGUGGAGGACUCACUGGACCACGCCACACGCACCAUCGAGAACUGGGGCAGGCGCGGGGACCCAUCAGCACCGGCGUUGCCCACUAGAGUGCCAGCAGCAGGAGACGCCCUCCCUGGGCGCCACCCCUAUGUCCCCAGUGUCACGGACAACCACCUGUCCCCGUGCCUCCCGCCACGGGCACUGUCACCAGCCUUCCUCGGGCACAGCAGCGACAGCGCCACCCAGCCCCUACUGGAGAAGCAAAGAGGUGCAUCGUCACACCGGCCCACACCGCUGCGCUAUACGCUGCCUGCCAGAGGGCGCCACAACCUCUACGACCGCACGCUGCCCAUUUCCAGUCUGAGCAGCCCGCAACUCGCCAUAAGGGAGCCUGAGCCAGCAGCCAGCUCCCACCCGAGUGGCAGAACGCGCCACCUUGCUGGCCCCACCCUCUUUGUCCCAUAUGGGGACGCCCACCUUCCUGACCUCUAUCAGGAGCACAGGCUGCCAUCGUGUCGGAGGCUGUAUGCUGACGGCCUGAGCCGGAAGAAGCGGUCACAGAGCUUUCUGGUGGAGGGCCCAGAGGCCAGAAGGAGGCAUGACAACCAGGAGCCAUCCACGUGCUUUGCCGAACUGAGGGCCAGCCAGCUGGUGGAUAGGCAUGGGCACCCCCACAGCCACACCCACAGUCAUGCCGGCCCGAGGGCGAGCGCUGGCUGCGGCUCCUGCGUGAAGCCGUACCUUGAACCAGAGCUGGAGGAUGUGCCGCUGCUAGGGAAGGAAAAGCUGAACCGCCGGGCCUCCUUCCUUCGGGCCACCUGGGCUGGUGACCGACUGCGGCCGCUUGAAGACAAGCCUAGUCACCGCGCUGUUGUGCCAGACCUCUUCCCUCGCGUGGUGCUGGCAGGUGGCCCGAAACCACCAGAGCUGCGUGCAGAAGCAGGGCGCAGUCUGUGCUACUCGGGGGCGGAGCACACGUACCUCAGUCCUACUCACCUCUACAGGGGACAGAGGCUCAAAUACUCACAAUCAACACGGCUGCCCUCCUACCACGAGGCCGUACUUCACAACACAGCCGCCAUGCGCCGCUCGUCCACCGUGGUGCACAGGCAUUAUGCCACAUACCUGAACUCUUACACGGACCUUCCAGUCUACGUGGGGCCCCUGGCACCAGGCCCUCCUCAUUUCUAUGAGCACUCCAGGGAAACCUGUGACAUCUUUCCCUGCAUGGGCCACCACCCCAAUAGCACAGCCCUGGUACCGACCAGGCUGAGCAACAGGCAGCCUGCCUAUGGUGGGUAUGAGGGCGUGGAGCGGGACCAGAGGGUGCUGCCAGGGGCAGUGGGUGGCAGGGAACGGAGGCAGUUGCUUGUGGCUCGCACGGUCAGCAGUCCAUACUUGCCGAAGCCCUGGGCCAGAGUGUCCAGUCUGGAAUCGGAGGUCUGAGGACUGAAGACCGGACUAAAAUUUGGGGUGGGUAAAAUGGACGGAGGUAUGUGGGCAAUAUAUGGGUGUGUCUAGAAAUUUUCUUUUUCGUGGAAAAAAAAAUUAAACCAUUCAUUGUGGACCUAGUUCAGUUUAUUCUGGGCUGCUGAACUGAUGCAGGGAAGACCAUGACUAGGCUCCCAGGAAGCAAAAGUCAACAAGAACUAAAGGGCCAAGCUGACAUAUUCUCUCUGUGUUGGUCAGCAGUUAGAUUCUACCACUCGAUGACUGCCCUUCAGCUCAGAGUGGCAGCCCAGGUUCACACGUGUCUUUAGAAAGCAUGUGUUUCAGGCUUAUGCAACAUUCCCUUCCCUUUACAGCAUAUUGAUACACAGAAACGUCUUCCAAGACUUUUGUGAGCAGAGGGCUUCCAAUACACUGAAACCCAAACGCAGGAGCUUGCAAUCCAACAGUGUGUCUUAUGGUGUGUAUAACGGUGUGACUUGUAUGAUUUUAACACAAGUUGAUUUAGAGUGAUCUGGUUGUCUGUAUUUUCAAGGCUCUUCCACUGUUGAAUAAAUUGCCGAGGCCUAACGGGGCUUUUUGGAAUCCUCACUGCCUCAUCUUUCUGUCACGAAGGGGAUAGGGUACGUCCAGCAUUCAAGUCUAUAUCACAACAUCGGGCCUCGCAGUAGAUGAUGGAACUCUAGUCUUGUGGGGAACUCAAAGAACGCCCACACCAAUGACAGCAGGAGAUCUACGAAGAAAACACCGAAAUAUGGCAAACGCAUUAAGCACCACAGUCAUCCGGUGGAUGGAGUGCAAGUGGUUUUUAACUCCACUUCAUAAUAGAACUUAAUUUCCUUAUUAAGCUCCCCUCCUCGGUCACAUAAAGAAACAUCCUGAACAAAUAAGCUCCAGAACCAAGCUGGAGAAGUGCUGUAUAGGACUUCAGUACCCAUGCAUGGGGUGCAACUUGUGAUAUGGGCACCGUGCUGCUGCACCAGUUAAAUGGCGGAUGGAAAAAAGCCAUUGCACCUUUGAAACAAAUUCAUUAUCAUCCGUAGCAAAGCUCGUAAAAUAUUCUGGGGAAAAAACCCAGCGUACCUCCAGCAGAACAGUAACACCCCAUAACAUCUCUGAUGGAAAGCCUCUACUGCAGCCGAUACUCUGGACACAAAGUCAAUGCGGCAUACGGAACAGGCUGAGCCGAACAACUGUUAAUGCAAGCCCAUUACCAGCAGAUUAAUAACAUUUUAAAUUGAACAGAUUGUCAAUCCCAAUUAGAAUCACGACUGGUGCUAAUGCAGAAGUAAUCUGCUUGUUGAAG